AUGGAAAAUAUAUCAGGAGAUCUUGAUGAAAUAGCAGCUAACAGAACAACCAGCAUUAUUAUUACUGAAGACACUUGGGCACAACUAUCUAACACUUUGAAUGGCAAUCUAAAUAAUCCUUUUUACACCGACCCAGAAAAACGAUUCAAAAUUGAAGAUGAUAACAAUAAUGAUACAAAAAUAAAACAACCUUUUUCUGCUGCUCCAUUAAACAUGAAAAACAGACCUCUAAAUUUAUCACUAGAACAAAGGAUAGAAAAGAUAGAUGAGAAAGAUGAAAAGUUAAUACCUGUCAAUGAUAAUAAUAAUAUGAAUGUAGAAAACCAGUCCUCAACAAAUUCUCCAAUUAUAAAAAAUAAUAUUGAUUCUAGAUUUGAUAUAGCACCAUCGUCCCCUGAUUCUUCAGCUAGGAAUGGAUGUUCAACUCCAGGUGCUCGUGAUAGAGCAAUCAAAAUGAGCGAACGUUUUGGUUUAGAUUCACCGUUACCCACCUCUGCACAAGAAAAAAAAUUAAUACUUGUUACACUCCUGGCAAGAUUAGGCAACAAUGAAGUUGAUGUUUGCCUCUUUAGAAAAUUGAUUCAAUUUUCAAGAGAAUCACCUUUAUCCGAUCAAGAACUAUCCAAAGACAUUUGGGAAAAUGGUGAAAGAUUUAACGAAUUGAUGAAUUCAUUAAUAGGUUUUUUCAGUGAAUCUGAUCAGGUUUGGUAUUUGAUAUGUAUUUUUUGA